AGACAGCCAUUCGUUGGAUGAGACAGCAGGAGUUGACGACGCCUCUUAGCUCACAGAAUGAAUAUGGAGCCCCCUGAAAAGUUUCUCACUUGAUUCGAGUUGUACCACUAGCUAAUAUCUCGGUGCCUGCUUAAUGUUAUUCCUUAUUGUCGAGACUGGUGAACGGUAGUUGGAAGUAAAUAGACGUUUUUGCUCUUAAAAGAAGACAUGUUGGUGAUAGCUAGCUACAGUUAGCUUUAGCGGCUAAUCAGCUAAAGGGGAAUGUGUGGCAACUAACUAGUGCAAUGGAACGCCCGAUUUGGAAUUCGUCGAGAAACACUUGUAGUGAGUCAACUAGGACGAAGAUUAUAGCUAAUAUUGAUGUCUAAAACCAACCACUACAAACAGGGAACAAGUCUAAUUUGCCGUUUACGAUACUUUUUGCUAUUAAAGAAGUUGGGAUUGCUGCAAGCGACCUCGAGAGAAACCAAUUGGAGGUCCUUCUUUAUGUGGAGAAGAGGGAAAAGAGCCGUCACCGACCCUGUUUAACGGAAGAGGGGUUUAAAAGUAAAAAGGAAACGAUAGAAGAAAGACCCCUGUGAAUCUCCUUGCUUUCCAUAGCCUACUGUGGUUAAAGUUGUAGGACAGACUCACUGUUUUUAACAGUGUGUCAAUACACCGGGAGGGUCCUCAUGCUUCCACCAACUAUGCAGUGAGGGUGAGCUGGCAGUGUGCCCCCUCUCACCAUGCUGGCUCUGGGCAUAGAGCAGGGGAAAGGUAGAGGGGGACGGGGCCGGGCUACUCUGGCCUGGCAGGCCCCAUCCUCAGUGAAGUCUCUAACCCAGGACCCAGGGAGGCCUACUGUGGCCUGGCAGGCCCCCUCCUCUGGGGAGCCUCUAACACAGGACCUAGGGAGGCCAGGCCUCAACAUCAAGCAGAAGAUUUCCCAGUGGGAAGGCCUCUGUCAACCAAACGGUGAUGGGCAUACCGAAAGGGUCAAAGAGCAUGCACCAGUUGUAUCCCGAUCUCUUUCAGGGGAUGUCCUGGGUAACGGAGUAUGUAGCGACAGUUUGAGAGGUGGACCUCACUGCAAAGCCAACCUCUCUAAAGCCAGAAGCCUGGGUUUGGAUUUCAGGGAAAACCUACAAGCACGGUGCGGACACAAGGGCAUUGGCAGAAAGUCGGAUGCCCCUCAGAAUCACAACAGUUUCAGUAAGACUUCAACCACAAUACCAGUGUCCAAGCCAUUCACAGCGCCUUCGCAAACUCUUACAACAGACACUACAAACAUCUUCCAAGUAGAAAGGAUCAUCCCCACCAAUGGUGAACUGAAGGUGGGUAAUGUGUUGGAAGUUAAGUGGACCAAACCCCUAUGUCUGUCUGUGGAUGACCAUGGAGAGAGCCUGCCACCAGGGAAUUUCUACACCUCAAGGGGCUUCUGGCGGAGGCUGGAGGGAGAUGUGUUGUUCUGGGAGAAGGGAACAAAUACCUCAGCAGAGCCUCAGAGUGUUGUGGGUCCAGCGACUCGCCCUCCACCAAAACCACAACGGACAUUUCAGUAUCAGGGAGCGGACAGCACCCCAGCAAACUGGGUCCAAUGGGACAGCAGGAUUCCAUCUGUCAACCAAUCCAACACCAAGUGCAGUGGCAUAGCCCAAACACCUAGCUUCCCAGAACCCCUGUGUCCUGUUAGCCGUGGCAAUGGAUUUUCCAGACACAGAAAGAACAGGAAGUCCUUUGAGUUUGAGGAUGUGGUGCAGUUGACAGCGCAGCAGGGUACACUGGGAAGUGGGGCCAGGCGCUCCGGCCUGUUCCACGCCUUCUCUGACGACAACAUUUAUGAGGACAUUAUCUCUGGACCCUUGACCAGAGACAACCCAUAUGAGGAUGUCAAGCUGGCUCCUACUAUGUGUCUCCCCAUCAGGCGUCCCCGACCCUGGAACAUGGCACAGAGAGAGAGCCCUUGCACACCAAAGCUCCCUCCCAAGCCUCUCACGUUGUGGGUGGAGAGGAAGGAAACACUGGCAGCGACACCACCCACCCCUACCUCCCCUACUGAAGCCCCCCACAGAACUGCCUUUCCCAGGCGACCCACAACCACCCACAAAACAUACAGACUGCCUCAGUAUGUCAAUAAGAUUCAUGUGAUCUUUGACGCCAAGCGAGGGAGAAAGAGAGUGAAGAGCCAGGCACAGGGCGGUUCAGCUCGAGAGGAGACCAGUGGAACUGAGAGUGACCCAGAGGACAACACUAAUGGAGGGUCGAGACGCUCGGUCUAUGUCCAGUCCACGCUGAAGCGGAGGCCAGGCUACCGCACCCUGGAGAGGGACCUGAUCCAGCUCCAGCAACAGCAGCUCUUCCAGCUCUUUGUGGUGGUGUCACUCAGAAAGAGUUCCCCGGGAAACACCUAUGCCCCUGAGAUCACGCAACAGUUUCCCAACAAGUUUGCGAAGUCUUCUCGUCACUCCCGUGAAGCUGAAGAUCGGCUGAAGGCAAUCCCCAAGUUUUGCUUCCCAGACUCUCAGGACUGGCGGCCAUCUGGAGACCUGCCCAGUGAAACUUUCUCUUUUGUCUUGACGGGAGAGGAUGGCAGCCGUUGGUUUUGUUACUGUCGUAAGAUCCUGCCCUGUGGAAAGGGGAAGAGACUGCCUGAAGUUCACUGUAUUGUAAGCAGACUGGGCUGCUUCAACCUGUUUGCUAAGAUCUUGGAGGAGGUAGAGAGGCGCAGGGAGAUCUGUCCUGCCCUGGUGUCCCCCUUCAUGCGUAGCGUCAUGGAGGCUCCUUUCCCCGCCCCUGGACGCACCAUCACAGUCAAGAGCUUCCUCCCAGGCUCAGGAAAUGAGGUGCUGACUCUGUGCCGGCCGGUGGACUCGAGGCUGGAGCACGUGGACUUUGAGAGCCUGCUGCAGUGCCUGAGCGUUGGGAGACUCUUGCAGGUGUUUGCCUCUCUGCUACUGGAGAGGAGGGUCAUCUUUAUCGCUAACAAACUCAGUGUGCUGUCUCGUUGUGGCCAUGCUGCGCUGGCGCUGCUCUACCCGUUCACAUGGCAGCAUACCUUUGUGCCUGUGCUACCCGCCAGCAUGCUGGACAUCAGCUGCUCUCCCACUCCCUUUCUCAUGGGGGCGCUGGUGCCCUGCUUGCCCGAGCUGCUGGAGCUGCCCAUAGAGGAGGUACUUAUUGUAGAUUUAUGCGCAGACAAGUUUGUCAAACAGCUUGGUGAUGAGGACUGUAUCUUGCCCAGUAAGCUUCAGGCUGCACUGCAGCAGAUCCUGGAGGAGAGAGGGCAGAUACUACGGCAAGACGGAGACUGCACAGGCCAGCAGUGUGAGCUGAGCUCCCUGGUGUCGGAGGCCUUUGUGCAUUUCUUCGUGGAGCUAGUGGGCCACUACUCCCUCCACAUGGGUGCCAGCGGGGCCCGGGAGCUGCAGAGGGAGAGCUUCUGUAAGUCCCACCCCUCCCGUGGGGCCCGCCAGUUCCUGCAGCUCUUCAUGGACACGCAGAUGUUCUCCGGCUUCAUCCACGACAAAGAGUUGCGCAAGGGAGGGGGCAAAGGGCUUUUUGAAGUUAGAGCUGCAGAAUAUUUGGCUUCAAACCCGGAGUCUGAAUCUAGCGGGUUCCUCAAGGGACUCAAGGGAAUUGGGAUGAAAUUCCUACAGAAGAAGUGACAGACUGUCAGCAGUCUGGUUGAAAAUGCUUCUGUAAGAGAGGAUGAGAGCCAUCUGCCGGAUUGGCUGAGACACAUGUGCUAUGAUAUUACAGCUAUAUAGAUAUGUACAUGAUUCGACCAGGACAUAACGGUGUUGGGCACAGAGGUCCACAGUCCUAGGUAGAGGGCUCUCUGCUUCAGACAUGACCAGUCUCUUCGUAUUGCCCUGAAUGCAUUCCAAGCCUGAGUGAAGUGCAAUUGUAAUUGGAGGAAAACUGGAAAUGUGCAUUUAUGGCCAAACAAACUUCGAUGAAGACUUUUGAGAUGUCAGAGGAAAGGCAGGAGCAAACGCUAUGUACUUGUGAAAUCUACACAGAACAUUUCAGCUACAGGACUCGGUAUUAACUUAACAGAUGUUGUGCCAUGAUAAACUAACCCACGCAUUUUUGUGUUUUUGCUAGUCAUUUCUUUAUGUUUGUUUUAGUCAAGUCUUUUAAGUGUUUGGUCUACAUAUUAUGGAUAUAAUGUUAUUUUUAAGUUUAGUUUUGAACUCGUGUCUAGUUGGAAAUUAAUAAGUAAGGCUACUUGAUACCCUUCUGCACUCUGCUACAGAACAAUGUAAGAAUAAUGAUUUUUAUUAUGUGCAUGAUUGUUACUUUAAAUAUGACAUGACAUAUAUAUAUUUUUUCCAAUUGAGGUUAAUGUAUGUUGUCCCUGACAUUUUGAUGGCCUUGACAAAUCUUCCAAGUAAUAAUGUUUGGAUCAUUAGAAUAAUACAUUACAAUUUACAUUUCUCACCGAGUUUGAAUUUUGGAUAGCUUAUUCUGUAACUAAAUAUUUUGUUUACAAUA